AUGUCUUUCUCGGCGGACAAGGUCAGCCAUUUGAAGGGAGCUUUCUCCCAACGCCGCUUUUCGAGUUCAAAGGAUCCUACUGAGAGUGAGCUUGGCUCCUCGAUCCAUCGCCAAUUCCGCCAGUCACACGAAGGUCACAAGCCCCACGCCGGUCUCGACGCGACGCGCGCCUCGACAGGUGUCGUCUGGACAUCGGAACAAGCAUACAAGCACGGUUUCCUCGAACACCCAGAGGAAUGGGCCAACCUGGGUCAGGGUGCGCCUGAGGUCGACGACAGCAUUGAGGGCUGCUUCGAGAGGCCGAGAGAGGUGGAUAUCAGUGCUCACGGCAGAGAGUACGGUCCUACCGCUGGUAUCAGGCCGCUGAGAGAGGCGGUUGCAACGCUAUACAAUGAGCACCACCGCAAGUGGCGCAAGAGUCAAUACACAUGGGAGAAUGUUUGUAUCGUCCCUGGUGGACGUGCUGGUUUGAUCCGUAUCGCUGCUGUGCUGGGCAACUGCUACUUGGGUUUCUUCAUUCCCGAUUACACCGCAUACAACGAGAUGUUGUCGCUUUUCCGAAACAUUGCCGCCAUUCCCGUCCCUCUAGGCGAGGCGGACCAAUACCACAUGUCGCCCGACAAGAUUGCAGAGGAAAUUGCCCGUGGUACCUCUGUCAUUCUCACAUCAAACCCCCGUAACCCAACGGGUCAGAUGGUCACCAACCCCGAACUCGCCCAGAUUCAGAACAUUUGCAGAGACCGCGCGACUCUGAUCAUGGACGAGUUUUACUGCGGAUACAACUACACCACCAACUGUGAUGGUACCGUCAUCUCGGCCGCCGACAAUGUCGAAGAUGUGGACGAGGAUGACGUGCUCAUCAUUGACGGCCUGACCAAGCGAUUCCGUCUCCCAGGAUGGCGUGUAGCGUGGGUCAUUGGACCCAAGGAAUUCAUCCAGGCCAUUGGCUCCUGCGGUUCCUACCUUGAUGGAGGCUGCAACGUGCCCUUCCAAGAGGCCGCCGUCGAGAUGCUUUCUCCUCCCCGCGUCCGCAACGAAAUGCGUGCUCUGCAAAUGCACUUCCGCACCAAGCGCGACUACGUCAUUGGCCGUCUCCAGGAAAUCGGCUUCAAGUUCCCCUACAUGCCCAACUCGACUUUCUACCUCUGGCUCGACCUUUCCAACCUCCCUGAGGGUAUCAACGACGGUCUCAACUUCUUCCAGGCCUGUCUCGAGGAGAAGGUUAUUGUUGUCCCUGGUAUCUUUUUCGACCUCAACCCUAGCAGGCGUAGGGACUUGUUCGACUCGCCCUGCCACCACUUUGUCAGGCUGAGCUAUGGCCCUCGCAUGGAUGUGCUGGAGAAGGGUCUGGACUCGAUUCAGAGAAUUGUGACAAAGUACAGGGAACAGCCGCAAAAGCACCGUGCUGUGUCACAUAGGCCCCGUGGUACUCCCAUGUAA